GAAAGCAGUUCUGUUGUGUUCGGUUUCCGGUCUCCAUGUUCAGCCGGACUCAGAAGAACUGCCUUGUCCAGGUUUCGCCAGGAGUUUUACUCUCUUAUGUAAUUAAUCUGUACGAGUUUUAGAGCGAAUUAAUUAGUAAUGUACCCGUGCCUUUGAUGACAUGCUCAGUAAGGUUAUCUCUGGGUAGUAGAGGGACGCUUUAUUUCUCAGGUGAGUGUUGCGUUGACACCUGACUAGCGUUAGCUGUUAGCCGCUAAUAGAUCAAGAGAUCAGUGGCGCAGAACAACUCCGAGAAGCGGUGUGAACACUAUUAACAGUUAUGGACCCUCUGAACCGGGUUGAUGUCAUGCACCUUCAGGAGUCUCUAGAUCUGUCCGUGGGCUGCAGGCGGAGUCCUGUAAAGACGAACUCCAUGGAGGGGCUGGAUCUGGUGAAAAAGCCCAGCUGGUGUGGCAUUACCUCAGGGAGCAAGAGCGUUAACAUGUCCGAGUCUCGAUACAUCAGCAAACACAAUUCACCCGAUCGCCCCGAACCAGGACCGAAGCAUCAUGGGUCAAGGACUUGUGGCACGUCAUCCCACGUGCCCUGCUCCGUGCCGUCACCCCUGAUCAAUGGCUUGCCAUCCGUGGCUCACCACAGACCGACCACAGACCAAGCGUUUGCAGAUGACAGUGAUCACCGUAUGGAAAUGGAGGAUGUGUUAACGCAAACUAAAAAUGGUCUCAAAACAGCAGAUUCUGUGUUGGGAGGCAGGAUGCAUCCACAAGACAUGUUGACCAGUUGUGGUGAAACAUACUUGAGGGACACGCUGUCUAAGGGCUCAUCAUGUUUACCUCAGGACGCCAGCGCGGCUGCAUACACACUACGUUCCACCAGCUCACCAUCCAUUGAAACGCUCGCAUCCGAAUGUACCGGCGCUAAAAGAACCUCUCCACGCUCCGUCGAAUUCGUCUCUAGUGCAGAUGACAGUGACGUCAUUGAGGUGCCAGUCAGCAACUCCAGAUGCAAGACGCCUCCGAGCUGCUGCUUCCGAACUCACAGUGUCAUAGUUACUGAGAGAAGACGAGGAAAUUCCUCCAUGAAGCAAGAAGCUGCAAUGGACUGCUCUCCCAAACACGUGAACAAUGUCUGUGCCCUGGAUGAAGCUGAAUUUGAAGCCCGUGACGGUAGAGCCGACUCUGAAUCCAAGUCGUUGCUGUCGUGGAUGGAGUCGGUCUGUAUUCCCAUAUCUCCAGAAGACAGUGAUCAAGACAUGGAUGCUGCUUUUCCCAAAAACUUCCCAUCUACCUCAGAUGCAGAAAACACAAGCGUCUUCAAGUCUCCACAGAGUGGGGCUUCUUCUUCAGCGUCCAGCCGUCAACGGAAAACUCCGGCCUCGAAGAGUAGGAAACGGGUGAAACCGAGACCCAAGAAACCCGCUAAGAGAGUGAGAGCGCCGCCGGCCGGCAAAUCGGCAAAGAGAAGACGCCGAAAACCUCGCUCAUCUGGACCUCCAUCCAUGUUUUCUUCUCAAGAGCCGGAGAUCGAACUGAAAUAUGCAAAGCACAAGGAAGAGAAGAAGGACAGCAGGCCGGACGGCUUCGCCCCGUACGUUCACAUGGAGUUCUCGUCCUGCACAGUCGUCAGUUUUAGGGAAGAAGAUGUUUAUUCGACGAAGAAAGGGUCAGCAGGUGGUCUCGGGGGUCAUCCCGAAGACGUCCUGUUUGCAGCUGGGCCGUGUUGGCUCUGACGCCAGGUCGCAGGUCAGGCGUUUCUGCUGCUUGUGUGGAAGAGCUGGCAAUGUUGAAGGCCUUGGGGACUUGCAUGGACCGUACUGCUCCAGCGGAGCUCAGGCCGUCUGUAAGUCCGACAGCAGUCCUCCUGCCCAAAAGCAGGAACCUGACUGCAGCGAUUUGGACUCGCUCUACAGUUUGGAGGACGGUGCGUCCCAGUCUGUGAGACGGCAGAGGAAGGAGAACUGCUCGGAGAGCGUUGACUGUAGUGAGCACUGGAUACAUGAGGACUGUAGCAUUUGGACUGCAGGCAUCUUUUUGGUCAAAGGGAAACUCUACGGAUUGGAGGAAGCCGUCCGGCUUGCACAAGGAACAGUGUGUUCGUACUGUCACAUGGUUGGUGCAACUUUGGGAUGUUUCUUCAAAGAUUGCCCCAAUAAGUACCACUUCCCCUGUGCCCUGCAGUCAGACAGUGCGCUCAACGAGGAGAACUUCACCAUAAGAUGCCCGAAGCACAAG